UAUAGGUCGAUAAAACAUUUAUACCCGGAAGAGGAUGGCUGUACGCGUGAUGUAUUUUUACCUUGGGAACGUAAUUUUAGAAAUGCGUACUCUUCUUUAAAUCAUUAGCAGGCCAUAUAUCACCAUUCGUUUUGAUGCAGGAAAAGACCCCCUUAUUCACAGCAAAUUUCUUUUCCCUUCGGAGAGAGCUUCGCGGGUCAUCUCUCCGGGAUGGACUUUGUACAUCCAUCAACAAGACACAGGUCUCGGCCUACAGUCCCUUUCAUACUUCUCUGUGUAGUGUUUUUUACCAUGCCAUCAGAUCUCCAGGCGGGUAAUGUCCUGAUCACCACAAGUCUGGGCGAAGGAUCACAUUACUUUGUUGGGAAGACGAUAGGAAAAUACCUCGUAAAACAUGGACACAACGUCACGGUUCUUAUUAGCAAAGCGUAUGCGUACAGGGCUGAAAAUAUUGAAGAUUCGGAAUUGAACUUUAUCGUGUUUGAGCAGACAGCCGAACAAAUCGCCUCUGUGAGAGAGAGACAUUUGGCCUUCUCAAAGAAUGCAUUAGAGCCGAAUAAUGUUGCUUACUUGCUCAAAAUGAUGAAAACAGCUCGUCAAGGGGUUGCCGAUGACUGUGAUGACCUCUUGGGGCGAAACCCCGACGUCAUCCACCAAAUCGAGUCGGGAAACUUCGACGUGGUCGUCUACGAUAUGAUCUGGUUGUGCAGUCUGCUUUUGGCGAUGAAAAUAAACGCAACGGCAGUCUUAUCGUCCCCAAUGUCUCUGCCAACGUUCACCGCCUAUGCUCAUAAUCCAGUGAAUUUAGCGUACGUUCCAAGCUUUAUGACCGGUUAUACGAGCUCAAUGUCCUUUUUGCAGCGUGUUAACAACGUAGUAGGCAACCAAGGAUUUUACCCGGUGUUGGAGUACAUGAAUCAACCAUUCAACGAACUUAGAGAGCGCCACAAGAUCAGACCAGAUUUAACCGGUACGAUUUCAGAACUGGUGGGGAUCUACACCGAUUUAUUCCUAUUCAAUCUCGAUUUUGCCGUCGAGUUCCCUCUCCCGCUUCUCCCGAAUAUUAUCCCGAUAGGAGGCAUCACAGCCAGACCGGUGUCACCGUUACCAAGUGACUUGGAAGCAUUCAUGCAGUCUUCUGGCGAUGAGGGUGUCAUUUUGUUCACCCUGGGCACUUACGUGUCGCACAUCAAAUCGGAGUUCCUUGAGCCGUUCGCAGAGGCCUUUGGACGAUAUCCGCAACAGAAGGUCCUGUGGCAAUUCGCAGGUGAACCAAGGUUUAAGAUACCUCCGAACGUCAAAACGAUGUCAUGGCUGCCACAAAAUGAUCUUUUAGGCCAUCCCAAAACACGUCUCUUUAUUUUCCACGGCGGCAACAACGGGUUUUACGAGACUAUAUACCACGGUGUCCCGGCCAUUAUCAUACCACUGACGGGUGAUGCUAUCGACCAAGGGGUACGACUGAAGCAUCAGGGUUUCGGUAUAGUCCUUGACAAGACCAGGGUGACAGUGGAUACCCUGGAUGACGCUAUUAAGACAAUCUUAAGCAAUAAAAGUUAUUCCAAGAUGGCGAAGGUGCUCUCAUCUCGUCUGAGCAGCAGAUCAAUGCAUCCAGGUGAUCGCGCUGCAUUCUGGGUCAAUCACGUGAUGAAACAUGGAGGCGACUACAUGAGAAGUCCACUCAAAGAUCUCAACUUCAUACAACGAAAUCUUCUAGACGUCUUGGGGUUAUUCCUUGUGGUUGCAUCAAUAAUUUUAGUGAUUGUUUAUAACUGUGUCCGGUGUUCAUUUAGGCGCUGCAAGCGAAUCUUCUUUAGUUCUAAACAAAAGAAUGAUUAAUUUGUACAGCCGUGGUAUAUAUGAUGGCGAGGGUUGGGCAAGACCUAAAGAUUUUAACUUGAUUAAAAUACAGGGGAAAUUUAGACUUACUGACGAGACAUGAAUCUUUAAAUGCCCUUCUUUCUUGCUGAUCCUUUUUAUGUAUGUUGAAGGAGAAAUCGAACCAUAAUAUUUGUGGUGAUUGCAUGUGGAAGAAUGUCGCUUUAUUUUUAAAAAGAAAUAGUAAAUACCUGGCAUCAUUUUCAAUAUACUCCUUUUCAUUUUAUUCACUUUUGUUGUAUUUCUCCAGUGUUCUGCAUUAUUGCAAUAUUUUCUUUUUUACUUUCAAAAGAUGAGUUUUUAUAUUGUGAGAAAUCCACUCUUUAUUCAUUUUCUCACUUUA